CAGCACUAAAACACGCCCAUCAAGAGGCAAACCGGAAGUGCACUGUUAGUUAGCCUGCUAGCAGGGAACAGUCGUCGUGCAGGUGUCCGUUUUUACUUUACUCUUGACUUUAGGUGUUCGGCAAGUGCAAGAAUGUCCGAAAGAAAAGUAUUGAAUAAAUACUACCCCCCAGACUUUGAUCCGGCCAAAAUCCCCAAACUCAAACUCCCUAAAGAUCGGCAAUAUGUGGUCAGAUUGAUGGCACCCUUCAACAUGAGGUGCAAAACGUGUGGCGAAUACAUCUACAAGGGCAAGAAGUUUAAUGCUCGUAAAGAAACCGUCCAGAAUGAACUCUACAUGGGGCUCCCCAUCUUCCGUUUCUACAUCAAAUGCACCCGCUGUCUGGCUGAGAUUACAUUUAAGACCGAUCCAGAGAACACUGACUACGCCAUGGAGCACGGCGCUACCCGAAACUUCCAGGCGGAGAAACUCAUUGAGGAAGAGGAGAAGAGGGUCCAAGAGGAGCGGGAAGAGGAGGAGCUGAACAACCCCAUGAAGGUGUUAGAGAACCGCACGCGGGAUUCCAAGAUGGAGAUGGAGGUGCUGGAAAACCUCCAGGAGCUGAAGGAUCUCAACCAGAGGCAGGCUCAGGUGGACUUUGAAAGCAUGCUCGGCCAGUACAGAGAGAUGGAAAAGAGAGAGAGGGAGCGAGAGAAAGAAGAUGAUGAGCGGGAAACCAAAGACAUGUUGGAGCGAGCCCUCGUCAAAAGACUGCAAGACUCUGACUCUGGCAGUGAAGAGGAGAGCAGCAGCAGCGUCAACGUGCAAUCAAAGAAGCCCAGCAGUGAUAAACCUACAGACAUCCUAACCGCGGACAAACCCACUGAAACACAAGCGACCUGUGUGAAGAGAGCCAAGUUGGAGAGCUGGGAGAGGAGCGUGGGCACGCUGGGGGGUGGUAAAGGCUCACUUGGAUCCCUCGUAGUCCGCAAGAAACAAGCGGUCAACACCACUACAAGUCCAGUGCAGAUCUCAGCCACAGGUAUCUCACUAUCAGACUCAAAGACGUCGAUUGCCAGCACCACCGCUCCUUCCAUCGGUGCGCAAAACGGAUCGUCCUCUCUGAGCUUGCUCGGUGCUUAUUCAGACAGCGAGAGCAACGACAGCGAAUGAGGAUGAAAGUGGAGUCAAUGACUGAUGCAGCGUUAUCUGCUGUUGUGUACAAAUGAAGUAAAACUGUGUCGUUAAAUGUAUUUUAGUCCACAUUUCACGGACUGAGCUGUGUUGACCUAUUGUGCAUAAAGGAUAUUUCAUUCAAAUUAAGACUUGAGAUUUAGCUGUGUAUUGAAUUAUGCAUGUAGGGAUUUACGUGAUAUUUUUUUAUAUCAGCGACUUAUAUGAAAUUUGUAUGGACAGAAUUUGUUGUUUUUUUAAUUAUCCUCAAAAUUAAAUUUUGCACCAAAGAUUUUUUUCAAUUGCA